GAGUAGUUUCAGAAGUAGAAAUAAUCAACUGGCUGUGUUAUGUCGGUAUAGUCAUGCAGACGUGUGAAUAUGAGUCAACCUUUGAAUGUGGGAACAUUAUGUGGUAGGGAGGGGCUGAGAGGGAGCAGAAGUACACUGAGACAGAGAUAGGGAAGGCUGACCAGGUUGUCAGAUGGAUAUUGUAGCAACUUGGGGUUUCACAUAUCCUUCUCCUCUGGCUUGGAUCAUCACUUUCUCUACAAAAGUUCAUGGAUUCUGUAUCAAUUUGGAGAGGAUUUAUAACAAUGACUGACACCUGAUGUCCCAUUAAAGUGGAUUUCUGAGCUCCAGAAUGCCGGGCCACCUUUCUGUACCCGCAUGCUCCUUAGUCUACCUCCUGUUGUUGGGUUUUUGCUGGAACAAAGCGGCCUGUUCUCGUCGGGGAGGCAUGAGCAUAUGGCAGCCUCCCAGAACAAACCCCGUCAUCACAGACCAGUCUCUACUACAUGGCACAUUCCCUCCGGGUUUCCUCUGGGGCUCAGGAACGUCAGCAUUUCAGACAGAGGGAGCUUGGAAUCAGGAUGGCAAAGGCACCUCCAUUUGGGAUUUUUUCACCCAUUCCUCCACAGGUGGUAAUUCAAAAGGAGACACUGCAGAUGUUGUGAGUGACAGCUAUAACUGCUGGGAAGAGGAUGUUGAGGCACUGGAUUAUCUGGGCGCCAGAGCCUACUCGUUCUCUCUGUCUUGGCCAAGGCUCUUCCCUGAUGGCAAUGCUGCAGGCAAGCCCAAUGCAGUAGCUGUGGAGCACUAUAGCAGCCUCAUAGAGAGGCUUCUGGAAAAAAAGAUCCAGCCCAUUGUCACUCUUUACCACUCAGACUUGCCACAGGUGCUCCAGGAGCAAUAUGGAGGCUGGAAAAAUGAAAAGUUGGUGGAGCUUUUUGAGGCGUACGCCCGUUUUUGUUUCCACACGUUUGGGAGUCGGGUUAAGCACUGGCUCACGAUCCACAAUCCAUAUCUGGCGGCUGUGCAAGGAUAUGGGACAGGCGUGCAUGCUCCUGGAGAGAAAGGAGGUUUUUCUGGUUCUCUUAUUGUGGCCCACAACCUUAUCAGGGCACAUGCCAGAGCAUGGUACAUCUAUGACUCCCACUUCCGGGCGAGUCAAAAAGGUAAAGUAUCCAUUGUUUUAGGGUCCCACUGGGUUGAACCCCAAAGAGGUGAAGCCACGGCUGCCAAUGUUGACUCUUGCCAGCAGUCAAUAGAGGCUGUUCUUGGUUGGUUUGCCGGUCCCAUUUUUGGUGAAGGGAACUAUCCCGACUCUCUGCGAAAGAAGUAUGGCCGUCUCCUGCCCACAUUCACGCCUGAGGAGAAACUCUGGGUGAAGAAAAGUGCAGAUUUCUUUGCUUUGUCGUUUGGCCCUAAUAAUCUCCGUCUGGGCCGAGACCUGGUCCAUCAUGGACAAACUGUAACUCCCGACCUGCACAGACUCCUGAACUGGAUAAAACUAGAAUAUGGGGACCUGAGGGUUCUGGUGGCCGAGGCGGGCUGGUUCUCUGAAGCCAGUGUGGGAAGGGAAGACACCGUUGCCAUUUAUUUGAUGAAGAACUUCAUCAACCAAGUUUUGAAAGCGGUUAAGCUUGAUGGUGUUCAGGUGUUCGGCUAUGUGGCCUGGUCACUGGUGGAUGGAUUUGAGUGGAAUUAUGGCUACAGUAUUAGGAGAGGCUUGUUCUAUGUUGACUUCAACCAGCCAGGCUGUGGCAGGACUCCCAAAACCUCCGCUAAGUACUACAGGCAGGUAGUUGCAGACAAUGGUUUCCACAGUGAUGAACCCUCCACAGAGGUUAAAGGUCAUUUCCCCUGCAACUUUCAUUGGGGCAUCGCAGACUCUACCCUACAGGUCCACUUCCAUCCCUACUCUCCACAGUUCAAUGAUCCUCUACUGUAUAGAUGGAACCUGACAGGAGAUGGAUCGCUGCAUCCAGUCCCAGGAGUGAAACUGCAGACCAGACCAGCUCAGUGCACUGACUACCAGUUUAUUCCAAGUCAUCUUCGUAUGUUAGCAUCUACAGGGGCAUCCCAUUAUCGCUUUGCUCUAAACUGGACCUUGAUUCUGCCAAAGGGAGAUCGCUCUCUAGUAAACACCGAAGCUUUGAGGUACUACCGCUGUGUGCUUACUGAGCUCAAGAGGCUGGGUCUGGAGGCCAUGGUCAUCAUGUACUAUCCGACACACAGAGCUCCUAACCUGGGUUUACCUGCUCCACUCCAUGAUUCUGGUGGUUGGCUCCAAUACAACACAGUGGAAGCUUUUCAACAAUAUGCUGAACUUUGCUACCAGGAAUUCGGCAAAUGGGUUCGACACUGGAUCACCAUUAAUGAGCCAAACAGACUCAUUGAUGCUUAUCCUAGUGGGAUAGAGAGACACCAAGCAGCUCAUAACCUUCUUCUAGCGCAUGCAAAAGCCUGGAGGUUGAAUGAUAGGGAGUACAACCAGCAGCAAUCAUUGGUGUCCCUCGCACUACAUGCUGACUGGGCCCAACCAGCAAACCCUUUCUUAGAAUCCCAUGAAGCAGCGGCGGAAAGAUUCCUUCUGUUUGAAAUUGGUCGAUUCAUCGAUCCACUGCUGGGAACACAGUACGGAGAAGAGCAGAUUAAAGGAGACUACCCACAUGAAAUUAAGACAUACCUGAUGGAAAGAGCUCGCUUGAUGGGCCUCCCAGGAUCCCCUCUUCCUAACUUUACAGACAGUGAGAGGGAGGAGCUGAGAGGGGCGUUGAGUUUUAUUGCUAUCAACCAUUUCACCACACGCUUAGUUUCUCCUCAACCCCAGAAGCAGAGAAACCCAUCCCCUGAUCACGGCUGUUUGACCCUUUCUGACCCCACCUGGCCCUCCUCCAGCAUGGGACAGGCUGUGGUACCUUGGGGGCUGCACAAGAUGCUGAAAUGGGUGAGCCAGAGAUAUGGCAGAAAACUCCCCAUCUACAUAACAGGCAGUGGCAUUGAUGAUCUGGCUCCUGUCGAGGAUUUACUCAGACAGCAAUACCUCAGGAGUUACUUGCAGGAGGGGCUCAAAGCGUACCUCGAUGGAGUUAACUUGCAGGGUUUCUACGUGUGGAAGUUCCAGGAUUGGCACGGCCCCCAGUACGGCCUCUUCACUUCAGCCCGACUCCAGUCCAAACCCAAGGCCUCCAUCGCUGCGUACAGAGAAAUCAUCGCUCACAGCGGUCUUCCCAACAAUGCCACAGAGCAGCCGUGCAAGUCCAGUGAGCUGCACAAAAGUUGCUCCACGUGCGAAUGGAUUUUUAGAAACAAAGCAUUGCUGGUUUUCGGAGGCUGUCUCCUUAUAACAGCUGCUAUGCUGGGAACACUUGUGGUCUAUGUCAUCAUUGCCAGGAGAAAUCAUAAACAAGACAGAGGGAGACACAAACGCAGGGUAAUCCAGAUGAGAAAAAAUAAAGGAGCGCCCAUGCUUUUGUGUCCUACUGUCGAAUAUUAGAAUUAGCGGAGGAACUGAAAUAAGCCACAAUGCUGUCCUCGCACCUGUAAGGACCUCUUUCUUGCUUUUGAGACUACUGUUAAGUUAUACUGUCAUAAGAAAGCAUCUCUGUUGAUGUAUGUGGUUAUAGGCUAUUGUAUAAUGGUAAAAAACCUAUUGAUGUGUGUGGUUUUACAAAAAGAAAGUGCAGGCUGUUAUUUAAGUGCAAAACUGAUAUAAUGUCAACAAUAAUUACAGUUUGGUGUGGAACUUUGAUGAGUCCAGAUUUAACUGUAAAUCUAAAACCUUAAAAAGAAUAAACCCAACAAAAACAAAAAAGAUAAAAAAAAAACAGUAAAACUUUCUUUUAUUCUUUAGUGACAGGAGGACGCCCCCUACUGCCGUCACAAUGAGAUGUCUUGUCUUUUACAGUGUUUUAUUUUUAUUUUUUUUACAGAAUUCCGUUUUCUCCAUUGUUACUCUCAGUUCAGUGGUGAACACCUCAUUGUAAUUAGCUGCUAGAAGUAUAACAUAUGUUUUAUUGCAGACAGAAAGAAUUAUUCAGAUGUUGUUUAUUAGUAGUGUUUUUGUUUGUGUAUAUCUGUCUGAAUCAUGGUUUGAAUCUUUGUACCUAAAUUAUAAUUACUACAAUAAAAAUAUGUCAUAUUUUAUUUAAA